UCUGCGCGUCCCUCUCUCGCAGUCUCUCUCUAGAUCUCUCCGCAUCUACCCCCUCGCGCUGGUCUCUCUCCAUCUCCCUCCCCGGCUCGUCUCGGUCUCCCUCUGGGCCCGGGAGCUCCUGGCUGUUGCCUGGCGGCGGCUGCAGCGGCGUCCGAUCAGUCAGUCAAGUCAGCGCCCCGCCGCAUCGCUAGCGGUGCCAGGCUCCCGGCAAGCUCCGGGCAGACUCGCUUUUGGCCCGAGAUGACGCUCAAGUCGAGCCGGAGCGAGAGCGUGAGCAGCAUGCGGACGGCCCUGUCCGACCUCUACCUGGAGCACUUGCUGCAGAACCGCACCAAGCCCGAGGUUGCUUCCUUUCCCUCCAACGCUGUGACUGAGGACAUAUACACCAAUGGGUCUGCUGCACCAGCUAGUCCUGGACCCGGCCACGGCAGCCACCGGGAGCCCCGCAAAGUCCGCUUCAUUCAGUUUGAGAAAGUCACCGAGGAGCCCAUGGGAAUUACUCUGAAGCUGAAUGAGAAGCAGUCUUGCAUGGUGGCCAGAAUUCUCCAUGGAGGCAUGAUUCACAGACAAGGCUCCCUCCACGUGGGAGAUGAGAUCUUGGAGAUCAAUGGCAUGAGUGUGACCAACCAUUCUGUCGAUCAGCUGCAGAAGGUGAUGAAAGAAACCAAAGGAACGAUCUCCUUAAAAGUGAUUCCCAACCAGCAGAGCCGGCUCCCUGCUCUCCAGAUGUUCAUGAGGGCUCAGUUUGAUUAUGAUCCCCAGAAGGAUCCCCUGAUCCCCUGCAAGGAAGCAGGCCUAAAGUUUGCCACGGGAGACAUCAUUCAGAUCAUCAACAAGGACGACAGCAACUGGUGGCAAGGCAGGGUGGAAGGCUCUUCGAGGGAGGCCGCAGGCUUGAUUCCCUCUCCAGAGCUGCAGGAAUGGAGAGUGGCAAGCGUGGCCCAGUCAGCCACUCAAUCCGAGUCCCCGAGCUGCAGCCCCUUUGGGGGAAAGAAGAAGAAAUACAAAGACAAGUACCUGGCGAAGCACAGCUCAAUUUUUGAUCAAUUGGAUGUGGUUUCCUAUGAGGAGGUUGUGCAGCUCCCUGCAUUCAAGAGGAAGACCCUGGUGCUGAUAGGAGCCAACGGAGUAGGUCGCAGCCAUAUCAAGAAUGCCCUGGUCAACAAGAACCCCGAGAAGUUUGUGUACCCAGCCCCGUACACCACCCGACCUCCAAAGAAGAGUGAGGAAAAUGGGAAGGAUUAUCAUUUCAUCUCCACCGAGGAGAUGACCAAGAAUAUCUCGGCCAACGAGUUCUUGGAAUUUGGCAGUUACCAGGGCAACAUGUUUGGCACCAAAUUUGAGACCCUGCACCAGAUCCAUCAGCAGGACAAAGUUGCCAUCCUGGACAUUGAGCCCCAGACCCUGAAGAUUAUUCGGACAGCAGAACUGUCCCCCUUCAUCGUUUUCAUCGCUCCGACAGACAGGGCCCAACAGUCGGAAGCUUUGCAGCAACUGCAAAAGGAUUCUGAGACUAUCCAUCACAGAUAUGCACAUUAUUUUGAUUUCACGCUGGUAAAUAACGGUAUUGAUGAGAGCCUCAAGAUAGUGCAGGAGGCCUUUGAGCAGGCGUGCAGUUCCCCCCAGUGGGUCCCCGUCUCCUGGGUUUACUGAGCACGUUAGCUUGCUUUUCCCGAUCUUGCCCCAGCACCCAAUGGUAGCAAUGCUUCCGUUGGUCUUUCCCUCCUCACAGCUAGUCCAGGCUUGCUGCUUCUGCUCCUAGACUUACCCACCUACCAAAGAUAGGUCAAGGUUGCAGUCAGACCUUUCGUGCGAGACUCCCUCUCCAAGAAUCGCUGGAGAGGGAUCUAAAUUCCUGAAUAGAAAUCAACUGGAAAAUCAACAAGGAGAAAAGGAUCGAAAACAAGCUCCAGUCUUCAGGCUUCUCCCGGCCCUGCACGCCCCAGCCUCUCCCUGCCACUGCUGCAGCUGAUCCGGCUCCCUUUCUGCUUCUCUCUCGUUGUCUUGUCUCCCCAGGGAGCACAAGCUUCGUCCGGUUUGCUUUGGGGAAGGGUGUCUGUCUAGUAGAAUGAUACAAAUGUUUAUACUUGUGCAAUUUCUUUAAAUGCCAAAAACUGAUGUGCAGGGAAGCCUUAAGUAGCAAUAAAAAUGUCGCUGUGCAAAUGCCCGUUUCGUC